UCACGUGAGCUGCACCUGCUCUAGGGUUUUAGCGCUCCUCUCUCUAAACCCUUGUUCAACCAAAAAAAAUUGCCAUGCCAGGCCAUUUCUGAAACUGAAAUGAAAUGACACAAACAUCAUCUUCUUCUUCAGUCAUAAAUUGGGAAUAGCAUGAAACCCCUUUUCCCCAGACCCGUUUUCACCCUAUUUCUAUACACAACCACAAAGCCCCCUUGCUAUAAGCUUUUCCAACUCUCCCAUUUUUCCGCCGCCUCCCAUAACCACCCUUCCUACCACUCUCGCCGACAUGAGGAGGAUGGGCGGAACGUUAAGGUCUCCGUUUGGUGGGAUUUCGAGAAUUGUAGCUUGCCGCCCGCCGUCAAUGUCUUUAAGGUCGCCCAUAGCAUCACUGCCGCCAUUAGGGCCAAUGGGAUCAAAGGUCCCAUCCAAAUCACCGCAUUUGGAGACAUUCUCCACCUCCCGCGCCCCAAUCAGGAGGCACUUUCUUCCACCGGGAUCAAUCUCACUCACAUUCCAAACGGUGGAAAGAGUAGUGCCGAUAGAUCUCUUCUUGUAGAUCUUAUGUAUUGGGUUUCCCAAAAUCCUCCACCUGCACACCUUUUCUUAAUCACUGGUGAUUGUGAAUUUGCUGGUAUUUUACACCGCCUAAGAAUGAACAACUAUAAUAUCUUGCUUGCCAGCCCAGAAAAUGCUUCUGUUGCACUCUUUAGUGCUGCUAGUAUCAUGUGGCAAUGGAAUGCUUUACUCAGAGGGGAUGACCUUACAGGAAAGCAUUUUAAUCAUCCCCCAGAUGGUCCUUAUGCUUCUUGGUAUGGCCAUUACAAGGCACCUCUUGAAGACCCUUUUGCUUCUACUGUGGACCACCAAAAUUCUCCCCAUACUGAUUCUGACCUCUCUGAUUCUACUUCAGAUCCAAAACCUCGCCCAAUCCCAAAGCCUGUUACCAAGUAUAUUCGUCAUAUCUUGGCCUCAAACCCCAAAGGACUCUUCAUUACUGAUCUUCGUGCAGAAUUGGGAAAAAGCAAUUUGAGUAUUGAUAAAGACUUCUAUGGAUAUAAAAAGUUUUCCCGUUUUCUCUUAGCAAUGCCACAUGUAUUAAAGCUUCAAUCAGGAAGUGGUGGUCAAUUGCUGGUUCAAAGUGUUGCUCCUAAAUCAUCUGAACAAAAUGAGUGCAGUUCUGGCAUUACUGCGGUGGAGCCCUCUGCUGCUAUUGUAGGACAACCUGACAGUAUUGCUGUUCGUAAAAUGAACGGCACCAAGAGUUCUUGUUCUGGUAGCCCAAGCAAGAUGUCAUCAUCAACUUCAUGCUCUGGACCAAAAGUGGAAACUCCACCAGCAAAAUUGCAGGAAUCACAAAAAGUGCAAGAGCUCACAACAAAACUCUUGUCAAAAGAACAACAGUUGGCACAAAGUACACAAGAUCCCACAAGUGGAAUACAAGUGCCACAAGGGGAGCUACCACCUUCAAGCAUACAGAUUACAGAGACUAAAGCAACUGGGAGCCAAAUAAAUACUGCAGAGGAUAAAAGUUCUGUACCCAAACAGGGGCUUUUUAAGAGAUUAUGGAAAAAGUGGUUUGGGAGUAAAAAGGAGUAUGAUGCCAAUGAGAAAAACUGUAGCAGCUCUGAUAAGAUACCUGCUGAGCGAACAACAAUCAAUGAGUCUGAUGCCAAAUUAGCAAGUCAGUCUGAACACUCCAAAGGCUUAGAUCCUUUCCCUUCUGGAGACGAAGAAAAGGUGGAUGAAAAAAACAGUGUGAGUUCUCAAGCCAUUAUAGAAAAAUCCAGCAGCCAGUCUGGAUUUUUUAACAAGAUUAAGAAUUGGUGUAGACCUUCGGAAAGUCUGUCUCCCCUAAAUAAUUCAGAUUUUGAAUCUGAUGAGAAAGUCACUCAGAAUAAACCAGGUUCUGGGACACACAAGAAUUUUUCAGAGGAUUCAUUUUGGAAGGAUAUGGAGGCUUUCCUGCAUACAGAACAAGGUUCUACUCUUGUUUUACAGUCAAGGACUAGGUUGCAGUUGGCACAGAAUCUUCAACAGUGUGGUCCUUCGUCUCUCAGAUCUCUUUGUGAAAAUGAUCUUCUUCAUCUGGUAGAUUUGUUUAUUUCAGAUAAGAAAUGGGUGGAAGAACGCAUUCAAAGAACCUUCCCUUUCAAAGUAUCUCGGUCUGCUGUAAAAGCAGUGAAAAAUGCUUCUCACAGCUCAACUGGGUUGAGCAGUAUCUUUCUACAUGCUGAGCUUCCAACAAAGUUGCAAGAAAAGGAUGGAGAGAAGAAACACCAAAAUCCUCCACAUUCAGGAGUGUCUCAACCUGUCACCCAGGGCCAGGGGAACUCCUUUGGGAAGUCUAGAAAUGAGGUACUUGUUGACUGUCAGAAGCUUGUGCAGGAGAUUGUGAGGGUACAUCCAGAAGGGUACAAUUUGGGAUCUUUCAGGAAGCUUUUCCUUGAAAAUUAUGGCUAUUCACUGGAUUUACAGAAGCUUGGCUAUCAAAAGUUGGUAAAUCUUCUUCAGAUAAUGCCUGGGAUAAGAAUAGAGUCAAAUUAUAUGAUUCCAUCUGGUAAAGAUGUAAAUAGUGCGGCCAAUGAGUUGUUUACUAAAGAAAGUUGUGUUGGAGAUAGUGUAGCUACUUCUGACAGUGAACUAGUGGAUGCUUCAAGGAAGGUUGAUGAUGUUGACUCUCCAUGGGCAGAGCUAGGACCAAUUUCAAAGAUGACAACCCUGAAGAAGGAUGAGAUGGAAGUGGGGUCAAGUAGCAGAAUGGAUUAUGAACCGUUGUCUGAUGAUGAUUUUUCAGACAUGGAUGAAGAGAGCUUGAGCGUAUCCUCCUCCACAAAACGAGAAAGUGCAAAACCCAGAGAAAAGGAAGAGAGCUCUUUGAUGCAGAUCCUUGAUUCGUGGUACAGCAGGAAGGAAGAAAGCAGUGGAAAUGGUGCAUCAAAGAAUGUUGAUGGGAUGGACAAAUGCUGCAAAGAUGAUGCAAAGCAAUCUGCUUCUUCAGAGUCUGUGAGCAUCAAAAGUGAUAGUCUUGUAGUAAACACUGGAAAGAGGAGCAAACCAUCAAAGCCCUAUUCAUUUGUCUCAGAUCAACCUCAAGAUCACAAAGAUGAGUUGAUUGAUGGCAUAUUGAGUAGUUUAAACAAGUCAGGGCAGCAAUCAGUUGAGCCGAAAACACAGGCAAGUCCUUCCUUUAAUGGGUAGUAGAACAAAUAUUUAAUAAAACUGGAGCAGCUUCUUUUUUCUUCACCAUCAUACAAAGUCAAAGGUUGUACCCUUAUUUUGGAAAGCUAAAAAUCGGAUUCAGUAUAUUUUGGUUCCGCAUAUGCAUAUAUGCAUGCUUUUACAUGCAUUGUACAAUACACUAUUUUUCUUGAAACUUGAAACACAUACAAGGUUUAUGGAAGAGCAUAUCUAAUUAUCCAUUAUGCC